UUAUGGGUUAGACUUGGAAAAGCACAACCCCACCAGGAGGCAGGGUCUAUUUUAAUCUGCUCGUGCUUGAAUUUUCUUUGGUGUCAGAACAGAAAACCAAGACAAUGCACCAGUCUCCCGGACAGAGAUAGUGAGUGUGAGAGAGAGAGGGAGAGAGAAAGGGUUUGUUUAUUUAUAAUUUAUAUGCUGUAAAAUGCUGAGGAAGUGAGCACGAAGUUGGGAUUUUUCUUGGAGGAGUGGUUUUUGAGUUUUGUAUGGACAUGAAGAGAGAUUCAGUUCCAUGGACAAAACAAAGAAAAGAGCCAUCUUGUGAGAUUCAUCACACAACAGGACAACCCCAAUGCAUACAAGCACAAAUUGUUGCACCAAAGAAAACAACAACACAAGAACAUUCCUCUAAACUUGCUUCACCUGCUUCCUACAACACUCCUUCCAUCAUUCCCAUGCUUCUUGUUGCUUUCCUUCUUGUAGCUUCCCUGCUUAGCCCUGUCCUGCCAACCCCCAUUGUGUCAGAUUCCGGCCACUCUCCACCGGCCAACCAAUCUUUUCACCCGGGUUCAGAGUUGCACAAGCUGAGGAGGGUCAGAGCUUAUCUCAGGAAGAUCAACAAGCCAGCAGUGAAGACAAUUCAGAGCCCUGAUGGUGAUGUUAUAGACUGCGUGCUAUCUCAUCUCCAACCAUCUUUUGAUCAUCCAGAGCUCAAAGGACAAAAACCAUUGGAUCCACCCCAGAGGCCAAAAGGCCAUGACACUACAGACACAGUUGCAGAGAGCUCUCAGCUAUGGACAGAAUCUGGUGAAUCAUGCCCAGAGGGAACUGUUCCAAUUAGAAGAACUACAGAAAAGGAUGUUUUAAGAGCAAGUUCAAUUGGAAGAUAUGGGAGAAAACCAAGACGAGUGCGGAGAGACUCUUCAGGCAGUGGUCAUGAGCAUGCAGUUUUGUUUGCAAAUGGAGAUCAGUACUAUGGAGCAAAAGCAAGUGUAAACGUGUGGGCGCCCAGUGUAGUUGAUGAAUAUGAAUUCAGCUUGUCACAAAUAUGGGUCAUUUCUGGUUCUUUUGGUCACGAUCUAAAUACCAUUGAAGCUGGUUGGCAGGUUAGCCCUGAGCUAUAUGGAGACAACAACCCAAGAUUCUUCACUUAUUGGACAACGGAUGCAUACCAAGCAACUGGGUGUUACAACUUACUCUGCUCUGGCUUUGUUCAAACCAACAACAGGGUUGCUAUUGGAGCAGCAAUCUCUCCAAGGUCCUCCUACAAUGGCAGACAAUUUGAUAUUGGCUUAAUGGUUUGGAAGGAUCCAAAGCAUGGACAUUGGUGGUUGGAAUUUGGAUCUGGUCUACUGGUUGGAUAUUGGCCUGCAUUCCUGUUUAGUCACUUGAGAAGUCAUGCUAGCAUGAUACAGUUUGGAGGAGAGAUUGUAAAUUCUCGAUCAUCAGGUUUCCACACAUCCACUCAAAUGGGUAGUGGCCAUUUUGCAGAAGAAGGAUUUGGAAAAGCAUCCUAUUUCAGAAACUUGCAGGUGGUCGACUGGGAUAAUAACUUGCUUCCAUUAACAAACAUUCAUCUCUUGGCUGAUCAUCCAAGUUGUUAUGAUAUAAGACAAGGGAAAAACAACGUUUGGGGAACAUACUUUUACUAUGGGGGUCCUGGAAGGAAUGUAAGAUGUCCAUGAAGAAAAUGUCACAGGAGAGAGUAGCCUUAUUUUUUCUCGGAUUCUGUGUUUUUUUUUUUUUUGUUUGUCAAAUUUGGGGUUUUAGAUUGCAUCUUAGGCCUUAGUCUGGUUUGAGUGUUAUAAUAGUUUUUCCCACAAAAUUCCAUUUUUACUAACGGGUUACCAAUUGUUCAUCCCACCAGCUUUGGGAUUAUGUAAAUUUAUGGAAAUACAAAUUGUCAAUAACAAUGAGUACUUGUGCUCCCUGUUCUUUUA